AUGUGUAAUUUGCCGCCGAAGUUCCAUUCAGUGUGUCGCCUUUGUUUAUCAUUCUGUGGCGAUAAUUGCAGUGAUGUUAAACUUCCAAUAUUCGACCGUGAUAAGGAUAAAUCACGACUUUCCGAGAUGAUAAUGACAUAUUUAUCAAUAAUGGUUUCACCUGAAGAUAUGCUGCCGCAGGUGGUUUGUGGGAGUUGUGCACACAAGCUUGAUGAAUUUCAUACAUUUAGAGAACUAUCACAUAAAUCUGAAAGAUUGUUGGAACAAUUUGUACAGUAUGCCAAUUCACUAUCAGGUCCAAAAGAGGUGGGUUUAUUA